AUGGCGACCCACCGCUCCCUCUUGCCCGCACCAUGCAUCACGGCGCUGCUCCUGGCGGCGGUGAUCAGCACCGAUGCCUCCUACACCGUACAGGAAGAUCGGAGGGAGGCGCAUCUCGAGCCGGCUGACGAAGCCGGCCACAGGACGUACAUCGUCCUUCUCGAGCCACCGGCAGGAGGCCAACACAUGGAUGCCGAUGCUCACAAAGCAUGGCACCAGUCCUUCCUGCCGUCCAUGAAGACGGCCCUCGGCAAGCCGCGACUGCGGCGGUCGUACCGAACCCUCGUCCACGGGUUCUCUGCGCGGUUGACGGAGAGGGAGGUGAAGCGGGUCUCCGCCAAGCCGGGAGUCAUCCGGGCCUUCCCCAACGUCAUCCGGUACCUGGAGACCACGCGGACGCCGGCGUUCCUCGGCCUCCCCUACCAGGUGGAGGAGUCGCCCGAAGACUGGCCUGGCUAUGGCGGCCUUGGGAUGAUAAUCGGCAUCGUGGAUGGCGGCAUCGCCAACAAUCAUCCGUCCAUGGACGACGCUGGAUUCGAGGGCAUCGAGCCGCCGCAACGAUGGAGGGGCUCCUGCCACAAGGACUUCAAGUGCAACAGGAAGAUCAUCGGGGCCAAGAAUUACUUCAACUCCGCACCACCUUUGGAUGUCGACAGCGGGCACGGCACCCACGUGGCGACCAUCGCGGCGGGAAACUUCGUCGCAGGCGCCAACGUCAACGGCCUCGCCAGGGGCAACGCGUCAGGCAUCGCUCCGCAGGCGCACGUCGCCGUCUACAAGGGGUGCAGCCGAACGAGCUGCCCUGACGAAUCGGUGCUGUCAGCCAUCAUUGCGGCGGUGGACGACGGGGUAGAUGUCAUCUCGCUGUCUGUCGGAGGAAUCUCCAACGCUACGUACGACCACGACCCGAUUGCCGUGGCCUCCUUCGCCGCCAUGCGGGCCGGCAUCCUCGUCGUCGCUACCGCCGGCAAUGCGGGCCCACAUCCAUCGACCGUCCAGAACGACGUACCUUGGCUUAUGACCGUGGGAGCCGGCACCGUGGACCGGUUACUUAUGGCGAGGGUUGUAAUUGGGGGCGUGCAUAACCCACUGCAUAUAUUUGCCGGUCAGUCGCUCGCCGAUAGGCAGUGGCUGACGACAGUUCGACCAGAUGUUAUGCACGAUCUGCUCUACAGCAACGACGGGGAUCGCGCCAAGUGCGUGUACCCGAAAGACGAGAUGGCGGUACGUGUUUCAGGCCGGGUCGUCAUCUGCGAUGAAAUAGAAGAGGAUGAAGUGGAAGAGGGUCCCGUCGAUGAGUUGCUGAGUAGUAACGCGUCAGCGAUCAUUGUGGUGGACUCAAAGGAGUGCGGAUACACCAGAAACUUGGUGGACAUGGGCGACAUUCCGAUUCUUCAGGUGCCCUACAACGAUGGCGUGUCUUUGAAGGACUAUUCAUCUUCGCCGCACCUCAAGGCGGCUGUCGACUUCAACCGCGGCACCGUUCUGGGUACUACUCCAGCUCCCACGGUGGCCUAUUUCUCGUCACGUGGCCCGAGCCAAUACUUCCCCGCCAUCCUGAAGCCCGACGUGCUCGCGCCCGGGGUCAAUAUCCUAGGAGGGAUACCGUACAAGCCCAGCGACGGUCCUGUGUACUUCGGGUUCAAGUCGGGCACCUCCAUGGCGGCUCCACAUGUAAGCGGCGCAGCCAUCUUGUUGAAGAGCGCACAUCCAAGUUGGAGUCCAGCCGCAAUCAAGUCUGCGCUGAUGACAACGGUGGACAUAGUCGACAACUCCGGGCAUGGAAUCCGAGACGAGCAGCUAGACGCUGCCAACGCGUACAAAAUGGGAGCUGGGCACAUCAACGUGUCCAGGGCCAUGGACCCUGGGCUCGUGUACGAGCUCGAGGAGGGGCAGUACGCUGCCCACGUCUGCUCCACGCUCGGCGAGGCCGCACUGCGCGCUGUUGCAUGCAAUAACUCGUGGAGAUGCUCCGAGCUGCCAACCACGCACCCGUCCAACCUCAACUACCCAAGCAUCACGGUCCCGCUGCAACCGAGGGGGUUCAUUGUGGUGAGGACGCUGACGAACGUCGCGCCUCGGAUCUCCGAGCCGGAGAUAUACAUGGCCAAGGUGGUCAUGCCUUCGGAGGUGCGCGUGAUCAUCGACCCAAGCACACUCAUGUUCAAUUAUACAGGGCAGGAGGGCUCGUACCAGAUCUCCGUGAGGAGCACCAGCAACUCACCGGUCCAAGGAGCUGUGUACCACGGUACCGUCGAAUGGUCUUCAAGCGAGCACACGGUCAGAAGCCCCAUGCUUGCCGUCGUCGACCUGGCCACCUCUCACCCGUCCACGCCGUGGAAGCUUCACUGA